GUUAGUAGUAUUGAACCUCUCGCUAGCAUAACGUUGAGUAGUUUUCCACUCAGGAUCUUUUAAUUAAUCGAGCACACGAUGGAGACUUGGGCAAUGAUCUUGGCCUUGGUAGCAGUGAUAGUCAGCAUUUAUUACUACGUCUUUAAGGACUUGAGUUACUUCAAAAAAAUUGGUAUACCGUAUUUAGAACCAUGGCCGAUUGUGGGCAACAUGGGCCCAGCAAUUUUACGUCUGAAAUCGCUGAUUAAUAUAAUUAAAGACAUUUACAAUCUAAAUCCGGAAGCCAAAUACGUAGGCUUCUUCGAUAUGGGUAAACCAGUUUUCUUUAUUCGCGAUCCAGAAUUAAUCAAAAUGAUCGCGGUUAAGAGUUUCGAUAAUUUCCCGGAUCACAGAGGUUUCGUCGACGAGGUACAAGAGCCACUGUUCGGAAAGAAUUUGUUUUCCUUGAAAGGCAAUCGAUGGAGAGAAACUAGAACGAUGUUGAGUCCGGCGUUUACUUUGCGCAAGCUAAAGGGUAUGUUCAAAUUGAUGAACGAAUGCGGAGCAGAUUUUACCGAUUAUCUAUCGAAAAUGCCGAAGGAUAAGAAAACUAUAGAAAUGAAGGACGUCUUCGCGAGAUAUACCAACGACGUAAUAGCCACUUGUGCAUUUGGUAUCAGUAUUAAUUCUAUGAAAGAUCGGAACAACGAUUUCUACGUUCUCGGUAGAAAAGCAACCAAUUUCGAAGGUAUUCAAUUUCUGAAAUUCUUCCUUAUUCGUUCUUUCCCAAAUAUUGUAAAAUUUUUCAACGUCAAGCUCAUAUCCGGUAAUAUCGACAAUUUCUUCACGAACGUUGUCAAGGAAGUAAUCGACACUAGAGAUCAAAAUAAGAUCGUACGAUCAGACAUGAUACAAUUGAUGAUGGAAGCUAGAGACAAGAGAGUCGAAAUGGGACAAGAAUUACCUCUGAUAGACAUAGUAGCUCAAGCGUUUAUAUUUUUCUUUGGUGGCUUUGACACCGUCUCCACGGCCAUGUGCUUCACCUGUCACGAAAUUGGUAUCAAUCUGGAUAUACAAAAGAGAUUGCAGCAAGAGAUCGACGAGGUCAUUGAGAAGACCAAUGGAAAUCUAACUUAUGAUAUUAUCAACACCAUGCAAUAUUUAGACGCCGUGAUACAAGAAUCCCUACGGAGAUAUCCGAUCGUUGUCUUUCUUGAUAGAGUAUGCAUCGAAGAUUUCGAACUGCCACCAAGUUUACCUGGAAAGAAACCUUUGUUAAUAAAAAAAGGCACGAAUGUUUGGUUCCCAGUUAGUGCACUCCACUUGGACCUCAAAUAUUUCGAGGAUCCGUACAAAUUCGAUCCAGAAAGAUUUAUAAAAAAUGGAAAGGAGAUCAACAAUUCCGGUGUCUAUUUGCCCUUCGGAUUAGGACCUAGAAUGUGCAUUGGUAAUAGAUUCGCUUUGCUGGAGAUAAAAGUUUUGAUAUUUAAUUUAUUGGCAAGAUGUAGUCUGAAGCCAUCCAUCAAAACCCAAAAUCCAAUUCGAUUAUCCAAGAGUGGAAUCAACUUGUCGGCUGAAAAAGGUUUUUGGAUGGAUUUAGAAGAAAGAAGCGAUGUUCAUCCUGCUCUUAAAAAUAUUGUCUGUAAUAAUAAUUCUGAUACUAUUAAACUAUGUAGCCAUUAAUGGAGUUACUAUUGAUCGUACUGUUAAAACUUAAGAUAUAGAAAUGAAAUAAUGAAAAUAAUUUUAUGAAGAUAAACUUAUGUAAUGGAUAUAUAUAUAUUUUUUUUUCGUGAUCGAAAUGAUAAAACAUCGAAUUUGGAUUAAACGUUUACGUAUCGUAGUCGGUGCUAUUAGGAAUUAUCCUCUUUUAAAUUUCACACAACUAUAAAAGCAUAACCUCUUGUCAUUGAAUUACGUAUCGUUUUAGAGAUUAAUACAACUGAAGCUGUUAUUUUAUUAUUAUCUUACGAUAUAAAUAACGUAUAAUUACUA